UGUGCAGCCUCAAUGGAUCAGAAGAUUCCCUAUGACGACUACCAGCUCCCGGUGGUCUUCCUGCCCUCUUACGAGAACCCACCAGCAUGGAUUCCUCCUCAAGAGCGAAUUCGCCACCCUGACUACAACAACGAGCUGACCCAGUUCCUGCCCCGCACAGUGGUCUUGAAGAAACCCCCUGGAGCGCAACUCGGCUUCAACAUCCGUGGUGGCAAAGCCUCGCAACUGGGAAUCUUCAUAUCCAAGGUGGUCCCGGACUCUGACGCCCACCGAGCGGGACUGCAGGAAGGAGACCAAGUUCUUUCCGUCAACGAGGUGGACUUUCAAGACAUAGAACAUUCCCGAGCAGUGGAGAUUCUCAAAACUGCGCGAGAAAUCCUGAUGAGGGUCCGCUUCUUCCCUUACAAUUACCAGAGGCAGAAGGAGAGGACCGUCCACUAG